AUGUCCCAGCAGCAGCAACAUCCACAACUCCACGGGCAGGGCCGGGAGGGUUCGUCGACAGUUUUGGGGACCUCCGCUCGCAAUGACAACGUGUUCGCCUUCGAUUUCGACGGAACGCCCCCAGUGGCGACUUCCAAGACGGCGUUCCCCCCGGUGGGUGCUGGACAAUUGAUUGACGCUACCUGGCACGUGCUUUCAUCGAUUCUCGACAAGAUGAAGGAGCUGCGGCCAAUCGUUGAAACCGGCUACGAGAACAUCCUCCUGGUUCGGCUUCUCAUCGAGGAGUCUCGCAAGUCUCGAGGAGAACAGCGAUUAUCGACGAAAUCUUCGAGCACGAUGCCGAGGCUGGGGUUGCCGGUGCUCUACCCUUCGGAGGGGCUGUUCGACUCAUGGGGACCGGAGGCUAGAGACGCGCUAGCCCUGCGGUACGACCUCAGUCGAGAGGAGCUAGUGGACGCCUUCGGCAGCGCCCGCGACGAGUGGAUGGAGGCCGACUUCCAGGGGUGGCUGGGGGCCAACAAGUUCUACGAGGGUAUCCCCGAAGCGAUCUCCGCUUGUGAGGGCGAGGUGUACGUGAUCACUACGAAGCAGACGCGGUUCGCGAGCGCCCUUCUCGAGCACGCCGGCAUCAAAGUCCCGUUAGAUCGAAUAUUCGGGUUAGGGACCGGUCCCAAGGCCGGCGUACUGGCCCAACUGCAGACAAAGCACAGUGGGUGCACGCUUGUGUUCCUGGAGGAUCGAGUGGAGACUUUGGAGGCAGUGUGCGCCGACAGCAAGCUAGAGGGCGUCCGGCUCUACUUGUGCGAUUGGGGCUUCAACACAGCCGCCCAGAGGGCGAGGGGGGAGUCCAACGGCCGCGUAACUGUGGUCGGCACGGGGGACAUCGCGGGCUUGCUCGCGCCAUGAGUCCGAGGCGCUUCAAGCCAGAGAAACGUCCUUGACUUUGCCGCGCGGGAAUUCGGUGCAAAUGGUUGUUAAUGCUCUCAUGGCCCUUUAGUGAGCUCGAACACCUUCGAAACCGUAACCAGUGGGUAGUUUUGGUUUCCUGGAUUGUUCUAUAGUUUUUGAACAAGGUUUGAUGUUUCUGUCGAUCAUGUCGUGU